GGUAGAGGCUUUCCGAAUGCUACCGUGGUCGCCAUAUUCAUCACCUUGAAGCUAGCCAUGGUGAACCCGGCGAGAUAUGUGUUUCAGCAGAACAUGUACGCCAGAAUUGGCAGAAUGUUCAGUCUGAACAAUUACCCAUACAUCAAGUCAUUGUUUCAACCGCCCCCAACACCACCCAAACGAUAUGACUUUUUACCCAAAGAGUUCAAAGAGGACCAGUUUUUGGACAAGGGCCUUCCAAUGAAUCGUUGUGCUGAAGAGUCUACAGAUGGAUUUAUGCCCGACUUGGCCUUCGCAAAAUAUGGCUAUUUCCGCUAUCAUUUCAACCAGUACUCAAUGCGAGGAUUGUGGCAUGUUGGUUUAUUUUUUGUGUUUGGAUGGGGAUUCAUUUUCUAUCUCGCCAAAUUAAAGUUUGGAAAGGUGAUUGACAGAGCCAACGAGAAAAAGAAGACAGUCAAUGAUGCUAUAAUGAAGCAAAAAGCUAUUGACUUUGCAGCAGAGCAAGAAAAUGCCAAGAGGGUUCUGGCCGAGAGAGCACUGACCUUAUAGACUCUAAUUACUAAAACCAUUACAUCUGUAUUUAAAUGUAUGCUUACUUCUCAAAGUGUUGAGACCAGUAAGUGUACUAAGAAAGAAUGGAUAUGUUUAUGAAAAAGUUAAUAAACUGAAUUAGUUUUGAA